CUGGCGCCCGCUCUCCUGCAGCCUGAGUCUUUUAUCGGCCUGGAGUCACGCAGCAAGUGACAGCAGUGGAUCCUCCAAGACUCGCCUCCUUCCUGUCCUCUCACUCUGCGUCAUUCUCCUCCAGCAAGUCUCACCGUCCAGGAUGGAUUGGGCUUCUCCUCCUACCAAGCUGAACCCCUACGCCCGGGCCAGGAUGUCGGAGGUGUGGCAGCAGCAGCACGUCCCUCAGUCCCAGGUGGUCCACACCCUCCCGCCUGGUGCCGAGAACUCGCUGAGCUGUGCCGUGUAUGGGAUCGUGCUGCCGCAGGAGGGGGCCUCUCUGCAGCAGCAGAACCAGAACCAGCAGCAGAACCAACACCCGGGACACAGCCAGCAGCACGGCGGGGGCCAGCACACGCAGCAGCACCCGGCCCAGGCCCAGCAGGCCACGCUGCAGGCCGACGGCGAGGCGGGCCACAAGUGCGACACCUGCGGCCACGACAUCUCCCACCUGGCCAACCCGCACGAACACCGCUGCAUGGCCAGCCACGAGCGCUCCUUCCAGUGCACCCAGUGCCUGAAGAUCUUCCACCAGGCCACCGACCUGCUGGAGCACCAGUGUGUGCAGGUGGAGCAGAAGCCGUUCGUGUGCGGCGUCUGCAAGAUGGGCUUCUCGCUGCUGACCUCUCUGGCUCAGCACCACUCCUCCCACAACAGCAGCAACCCCAUGAAGUGCUCCAUCUGCGAGAAGACCUACCGGCCCGGCUCCUCGGGCAACCUGACGCCCAACUCUUCGGCGGCGCAGCAGCCCGGUGGCGGUGACGCGGCGGUGGCCGGCAGCUCCUCCAUCCUGCCCUUCCCCUCGGCCCGGGACCGGCCCUACAAGUGCUCCGUCUGCCAGAAGGGCUUCAAGCACCUCUCGGAGCUCACCCGGCACGAGCGGGUGCACACGGGCGAGAAGCCCUUCAAGUGCGACACGUGCGACAAGGCCUUCAGCCAGUCCUCGCACCUGCAGCACCACCAGCGGACGCACAGCAACGAGCGGCCCUUCAAGUGCGCCGUGUGCGAGAAGAGCUUCAAGCACCGCUCGCACCUGGUGCGCCACAUGUACGUGCACUCGGGCGAGCACCUCUUCAAGUGCAACUUGUGCGAGCUCCACUUCAAGGAGUCGUCGGAGCUGCUGCACCACCCGUGCCACCCGCAGGGCUCCAGGCCCUUCCGCUGCGCCACCUGCGGCAAGGGCUUCAAGCGCCCGUCCGACCUGCGCCAGCACGAGCGCGCCCACUCGGAGGAGCGGCCCUUCCACUGCGACGAGUGCCAGAUGAGCUUCCGCCAGCAGUUGGCGCUGAUCCGUCACCGCCGCACGCACAAGGACGCGGCCGAUCGGCCCUUCAAGUGCAACCUGUGCGACAAAGGCUUCAUGCAGCCCUCGCACCUGCUCUACCACCAGCACGUCCACGGCAUGGACAACCUCUUCAAGUGCGCCUCGUGCCAGAAGGAGUUCAGCCAGUCGGGCGAGCUGCUGCGGCACAAGUGCGGCGAGUCGCCCAACCCCUCCCCCGACAAGCCCUACAAGUGCGACGUGUGCGGGAAGGGCUACAAGAAGAGCUCCACGCUGCAGCGCCACCAGAACGCUCACUGCCAGGACAAGCCGCUCAAGUGCUCACUGUGCGACCGCCGCUUCCUGUCCUCCGCCGACUUCGUCCAGCACCGCUGCGACCCGUCGCGGGAGAAGCCGCUCAAGUGUCCGGACUGCGAGAAGCGCUUCAAGUACUCCUCGGACCUGAACCGGCACCGGCGCGUGCACACGGGCGAGAAGCCCUACGAGUGUCAGCACUGCAGCAAGGGCUUCAAGCAGCGCGAGCACCUGCUCAAGCACCAGAGCACGCACUCCCGCGAGGGCCAGUUCAAGUGCGUGUGGUGCGGCGAGCGCUUCAGUGACUUGGGCUCGCUGGAGGACCACACGCUCCAGCACACGGGCGAGGGGGCCGGAUACUCGGUGUCGCAGUGCAUCUAGAACCUCGAGGGUCCUCCAGUGUUGUUGUUUACCUCAGAGCGGCGGCCGGGUGGUCCGCGUGUCCAGAAAGGUCGCUCCGUUUGCACUGCAAAGAUUGUGUUUAGAAUCUUCAUUCCUGUUCCUGACUCAAGUCCUUCACACACAAAACGAGGAACGUCUUGUCCGUAGCAAAACCAGGGGACCACGUGGCCCCCGCGGUCCGACAUGACCCUCCAAGAGACCGUUUCAUUUGACUAUUGUAAGCGAGACACGAACCUCCCUCUUGGACCAGCAUUUAAACUUGUCUCUAGAUCGUUCCUCUGAUCUCAUCUGGAGGCUUCUGGAGGUCACCACGACCUAAACUAAAGCCCACCAUUACCCCGGGUCCCCGAGCCAGGUGACUGUUGAGGUGGCGUGGACCUCCAUUCAUGGUCGACCCCUGGUGCUGCUGUUCUGGCCUUCACCAGGUGGUCAGUGUUUACAGUCCGGUUGUCCCGACAUGGUCCACCUCCACCUCCUCAGUCGGUCCAAACCAUCUAGUCCUGGUACCAGGGCCUUGCACACUCCAGUUGGAACCAGCGACCUCCCUCCGCCCGUGUGACCUUGUGAGUGUCUUUAUCCUCCUCGCUCAACUUUCGUCACACCUCAGUUUUGCUUGUGUGUGAGUGUGACUUCAGUCAACCUGAGAUGUUUUUCAAAACUGAGCCGAGGGCGACGGACGUCCUCACCGCUCCACCUGUCUGACUGUAUCUGCCUUCUUGAAAUGCCAUGAGAUUCCAGAUGUGUUCCUGUCCGCUCUAGUCUUUUCAUGUUUGCACUUGUUUGUGAAAGGAUACUGUCCGUUUCUCGCUGCUGAGUCGGCAGAAUCUCAGAGACCUGAGCUGGAAGCUGUUGGUUUAGAACGCGGCUGUAGAGCAAUUGUUGUUGUUGUUGGGUUCUUUGGUCUUUGGUUCAUCUGGGGACUUGGAGAGACGCACACGCUCCGUCACUGUUCUGUGACAAGGUUGGGGUCCAGUCAAACUAGAUCCAUCCAUCGUUGAAGCUACGGCACCUGCUGUCCCUGUUGAAGCUCAAGUUAGGGCCCUUUCAUACUACGGGUUCUGUCUGGAGACAAAUCUCUUUCGGCUCAGAAGUCCGAGAUGUGAACACAAGCAAGUCGGGUUUUGGUCACAGACCUGAUCCAGGCAGUGAAGGCUCUGAUGGCUGUCUGGGCGCACAACAUGGUUCAAGAACAACUUCUCCCAGAACGCUGGGGAACAGGAGCGCAGCGCAGCGGUCCGGGACUGGAGAUGUGUGCGGGGGUUUGAUACCUCAGGUGUUUUCUCCUCUUUUAGGCUGAUAAACACCUGAUGUUAUUGACAGACAGAUUUGCUUCAGUGAAUAACGCUGCGCUCUACAGUUGGUGUCACUACAGUCACUGCAUGUGACAGUGAGGAGGAAAGACGCUGGUUAUCCCCAAGUUACUGAAGAUCACCAGACGUCUGGAUCUGGACUUCUCUGACUGAAACCGUCUCCAUCCACAGUCAUCUCUCUCACUGUGGUCAAGGUGUUGUGAGAGCAGCGUGGAUCAGUCGAGUCGCUCCGUAUUACGCAGCUUGUUUCCACUAUUUCCUUGUAAUACAAACACGACAAGACUCUCCCACGUUUAGUUUUGGCUGUGAAACGCCACAUUCUGUUCCAGCCGUGGCUCAACUCUGAGGAGAGGACAACUCAUAAUGUCAAGAGGUGACAGAGAAAUAAGGAGGUCAAGCCGAUGGUGGUAAACAGGUUGUUGCACGGCUGAUGACGACUUCCUUGAGACCUGCUUCGUCGCGGGUCACGAACAAGGUAUUUCGCGCAGAGCCCAUCGGACCCGCCCGAGACAGAACCCGCAGUGUGAAAAGCCCCCAAGAGCCAGUCAUUCUCCCCGACACCCAUGGAUGCAAUAAUUGUCUCCCGCUGAGGCUUCCAGUUUGAGUGCCGUGGUUUUUUCUCAAAGUCUCCAGAAAAUCCCAACAGACCGACACGUCCUCUUCAUGGGUCCUUGUGUGUCAUGCCAUGGAUGAGAAGUCAAGUUGGAAGAUUCUCGAUGAUGUGGUUGGUCUUCCCUGUUCUCUUGAAGCUUGGUCAUCACAACUUUAGUGUCUCCCCCUUGUUGAAACCAAACACUGACUCGGCCAACGAUGGUCCCCGUCUGACGUGAAUUGAUGAUAAACCUGGACAUGUUUUGAAUUGACGGAGGCGGAGCAAGGCGUUCCUUUCUCCAGUCCAGUUCACCGUCUGCAGACGACACAAACGCCUCAGGAACUACGACAUGCUUUUGUUCUCCAGCAGUCUGCCACCUGAGUUCAUUCUCGAGUCCCUCCGGGUGUUUGGUGCCGACAGAGGUGUGAGAGCAACUCAAGCCAAAGAAUCACCAAACUGAUGUGGUCCAACCGCUGUGGUUGGGAGGGUGAGGAGUCUGCGCGACCUCUGCUCAGCCCUGCUGUCUCCGUGUGUGCAUGCUCGCUGGGCUCUGUCCGAGGAAGCCGCCCUCCUCGCAGGCCCCACUCUGGUUUCAGUCGUACUGUGAUUCAUGUGCGUUUUGUAAAAAACAAAAAAAAGUUUGUGGCAAAGUGGAGAUUGACGGUGAGGUUGUCUGUUUGGAUGUAGCAUUCAGAUAUACACUCCGCUCUAAUAAAACUUUUUUCAUUUAAAAUAUUCUGUUAAUUC